AUGGCUCCUCAUCCAAGAUCCGCGAAUCCCCGGAGCCGCCGUAUUGAAGAUGCUCUUUCGCAGCUAGUCGACUCCCUUCUCCCUCCCAGUCCUCACAUCCUAGACGAUGAUACCGGCUCAGAAUCGUAUCGCGACGGUCACGCACGCGCAGAAGCGGCAGAGAGAGAUGAGCUCCGACACCAGCUUGCCCUGGAGAACGCUUGGCGCAUCAUCAGGAAUUAUGGCAGUGGCAACAAGAGUCAGCCUGGAUCAGGCGCUGAGGUCUCCGUUGAGGUUAUCAACAAUGCACCAGAUCUCAUCAAGCGCAGAUUAUUGAAAGUGAACACAACGCCAGACAAAGCUGUGCGGUUCUCAAAUCUGUACUCACGGCUUCUUACCCAGCCCGUCUUAAGCCAGAAAUGGGCUAUAUUAUAUUUACUCUACCGCAUUGGAGCACGCAGCGGGGAUGCAGACCAAAGGGACGGAAACCUACUACGUGAGGGAGCUCGUAGCCCGCUACUUGACGAACGCCAGUUGGAUUACAUGUCAAUGAAGGAUAAAUUCGGGGCAAGAAGAACAAAGGCGCCAGAGAGCAUCAACCCGGGAUCUUCAGCCUCUGCAAUUGGAAGAGAAGCAUCCCCUAUUGAGCUGAGCCAAUCCCAACGAGAAUGGAGGGACCCGAAAGCGUCCAAGCAACCAGAGCGGAAACGUAAAAUUGAGGAUGACCCAAAGCCGUCAGGCUCAACCGUGAGGAACAUCGAUGAUUUCAUUCCAGCCGAGCAACCAAGCCCGGAACCAGAGCCUCCCAUUCAAGAUAUUGUCGUGGUCAAACCAUCAGAGCCAGAAAUCCUUCGUGAUCUUCCAUUCUUCCUACAGGGGCUAUCGACAACAAAUCUUGAGUUUUCGGCACAAUCCGUUCUAAAACUCCCAAGAACUCUACCUACACCUAUAGUUUCUCUUCUACACACACUUGCAGAGCCAUGUUUAUUGUAUCGAGGAUUAUCCAAUUUUGUGAAACAGGCUGAAGGCGGUUUGAUUGAGCAGAGCUUAAGAGCAGCUGUAGGUAGCGAGCUGCGGUCUUACCUUGGCUUGGUAGCAAGUUUAGAAGGGGAAAUAAGGAGAGCUCUCACUGCGGUUUCCCAGGAUUCAUCCGAUCAGAAAACAGUUAUGGGGGCUGGAGUGACUUUAAAAAGAUGCGUUGUAUGGGUGAAAGAUGCCACCCUCGCCCUACGGUUAAUGAGUCUGAUGGUAGAGGAAGCUCGGAAUAAAAGAGGAGGGCAGCUGAUAUCCAUGAUUCACGAAUUUUCAACCUCGCACGGUGACCCUUUUGUUGGUGCUUAUGCUGAGAGGCUUUUGACUCAUGUGACGAGGCCAUUUUACAAUAUGCUUCGGCAAUGGAUAUACGAUGGUGAACUAUCGGAUCCCUACAACGAAUUUUUUGUCGUGGAACCAGAAACUCGACCGGACAUUGACCCACGACGAGCAGCAACUAGCGUUUGGGACGAGAAAUAUAAAUUGGAUAGUGACAUGGUUCCUACCAUCAUGACACAUGAUUUCGCAAAAAAGGUGUUCUUGAUUGGAAAAUCACUCAAUUUCAUUAGGUAUGGCUGUGGGGAUUCAGCGUGGGUCGUUGCAUACUCUCGUGAAUCGUCAAAGACACUGCAGUAUGGCGACAAUGCUACCCUUGAAACUUAUAUUGACGAAGCAUAUAAAACCACAAUGGCUCGUCUUAUUUUCCUUAUGGACACUAAGUUUAAACUCUUUGAUCAUCUCAAAGCUCUGAAAAAAUACCUGCUGCUUGGUCAGGGAGACUUCAUUGCACUGCUUAUGGAAAGUCUAGCCUCAAAUCUCGAUCGACCUGCAAACUCCCAGUACCGUCAUACCUUGACUGCCCAGCUCGAGCAUGCUAUACGGUCUUCUAACGCGCAGCACGAUUCCCCUGAAGUAUUGAGGCGUCUAGAUGCACGCAUGCUCGAACUUAGUCACGGCGAAAUUGGCUGGGAUUGCUUCACGCUGGAAUAUAAGAUUGAUGCUCCAGUAGAUGUCAUCAUUACCCCUUGGGCCUCAACACAAUACCUCAAAGUGUUCAAUUUCCUCUGGAGAGUGAAAAGAGUUGAAUUUGCACUGGGAAGUACAUGGCGACGCUGCAUGACUGGUGCAAGAGGAAUAUUAGGUGGUGUGGACGAUAAACUUGGAGCAGACUGGAAAAAGGCCCGUUGUGUUAUCGCUGAGAUGAUACAUUUUGUUUGUCAGCUUCAAUAUUAUAUUUUAUUCGAAGUCAUUGAAGCCAGCUGGGACCAGUUACAAAUUGCUAUCUCCAAACCGGGAUGCACGUUGGAUGACCUUAUCGAGGCGCAUACCAAAUACCUUAAUUCCAUUACCCACAAAGGCCUGCUAGGCUCUUCAUCAUCCUCAUUCUCGCGUUCCUCUGGAAGUAAAGAGGAUUCUUUUCUCUCUCAGCUUCAUCAAAUACUUAAAGUGAUGCUUGCCUACAAGGAUGCAGUGGAUGGUUUAUACUCCUUCUCUGUCGCAGAAUUCACCCGCCGGCAAGAGCUAAACGCAAAAAUUGAACUCCGCACAGCACAAGGCCGAUGGGGCGUUACUGAUAAGGACGCGCAGGAACCGCUUACGCGCCCAAGCAGAUCUGGUUCAACUCGCAGAGUAGACUCUCCUGCUUUUGGGGCUGUUGAGGUACCACCAAACCAGAAAAGAUGGUGGACUGCGGACCCAAAUACACCGGGGACACCUCUUCCCAGUGGUGAUGCACUUCUAGGUGGUGAAGACCACCUACUACCCUCUCUCCGCGAGCGUUUACGUGAACUGUCCUCAGACUUCCGCGUUCGCCUCGUCACCCUGCUCGGUGACCUCGCAUACCAACCUGAUGUCGACAUGCGUUUCCUAGGGGUAGUCAUGAACUUUAAUGAUGUAUAUCAAGUUACCAGGAGAAGGCGUGGAGUUUCCUCGCGGGAUAAGAGGAAAGGCACCAGUAACCCUAGUGGAGAGUCAACAGCGGACAGGGAUCAGGAGAAAGCUGCUGGCGUUUCAUGA